AUGAAUGAAUCAACAAAUCUUCCGAAAACAAAUUAUCAACCAGGAGGACAACAACAUAAACCUGUUAUAUUAGAUACAACAAGUAAUAAAAUUCUUGGUCAAACAAAAAUCUUUAAACAACCCAUAAAUAAUACGGGAUUAAAAAAACCAACAACAUUAGCAAAUGCUGAAUAUACAUUUGUUGUUGAUAAAAAUAACACGACACAACGAAAUGAUAUUACAUUACCAUCAAGUUCAUUAGCUCAACCAAGUGCACAACAUAAAGCAGAUUGGACUAUCUUAGCAUUACCGGGACAUAUGCACGAUGAACUUGAACUUGAUACAACAAUGACUGAUACAACUCAUACUUCAGCUGAUGGUGAUUAUGGUAUUGAUGAUGUACGUUCAGAUCAAGAUUCAGAUAAUGACGAUGAAGAUGAAACUCGUAUACCAAACUGGGCUAAAGAACGUUUAUUUCAAACAUUUUGGAAAACACAAGGUCAUUGGUAUUUAUCACGUCGAACUCUUAAAUUAACACGUCGCACAUUAGGACAUUAUCCUGUAAUAAAAGAUGAACUUCAAACAUGGUUAAAAGAACUUAAAUCAAGCAAACCAUUAUCAGAAACAUUUACCGAUGCAACAUAUCUUGAUCAAACACAAGCACAACAUUUUUUUUGA